AUAGAAAACAGGAAAUAAUCAACCACACGCGUAAACAGCCGGCUGAGAGCGUAACAAAGAGAGAUCACCCUCUCGUUCUUUUCUUUCAUAACAUGGUCCAAACGCGGCCACACAGAUACGUCAAAGAUCAAAGAAUAGCUACCACCGCUAUGGAUCCUCGAUCUUCCUAUUUCCAUCACACAAAGUACGCCAAUCCUCCUUCUCCUACUCUUCCUCUUCCCCCCCCUCCUCCUCCUCCUUACCGUAACAACCUUAAUUUUCAUCACCAUAUCAACUUCCUUGCACCACAGCCGCCACCUCCACAACAACUCCGUCCACCACAAACACCACAAUUCUCCCCUCGGAACCCUCAAUUCUCCUAUAACCAUAGCCCUAAUCACCCAAUUCACGAUAACUAUCACCCCCAGCUGUCGCACCAUGACCUCCCUCACUUCACUCAACUGCCUAGGGUUUCUCAUCAAUUCAACGACGAGCGUCUGCCGCCGCGUCGUUUACCAGAAUCCGACCACCGUGUUCAUGAACCCCGACCUGAUUUUAGGGUUCUGCGUCAUGAUCGGCAAACUAGGCAUGAAUUGGAAGGUAAUCCCAAUCCUAAUUCUAGACUUAUUCAGGACCGUAAUAUCGUGAUUGAUCGUGAGAGCGAGCAUUAUCAUAUUCGUGGUGAAUUUGGAUCGAAUUCUGAUAGAUCUUCUGCUGGCGAUUUUCGAACUGUAUCGAAUCAAGUGAGGGGUUUUGAGUCAAAUUCGGGGAAUUAUGAGAAUAGACGUCGUUUGAAUUAUGAUUAUCAUGAUAAGGGGAGUGCGAAUCAGAGUUGGUUUCGUGAUAGAGAGGUCGUGAGAGAACCGCGUGAUUCAUCGAUUGAAUUUGGUAGUAAUGAGAUUGGUGAUGGUGAAACUAGGAUUGCUACUGGGAAACGUGAGCAUUAUAGGAGUAGAGAAGGGAAUUUGGAGGUGGAAAGGCAUGGUGGUAAAAGAAGUAGAGAGGGUAGUUAUGAGUUCAAUAGGACUCCUAGGAAGCAGGUACAGAAAAAGAGUGCUCUACUUAGGAUUCAACAGCCUAGUUACAGGAACAGAGAGGAUGAGAGAUUGCCUUACUCAGGUUAUGUUGAUGAUACCAAAUCUAGUUCUUUUAGAGGUAAAGAUCAGGAAUCUGGUUUUUUUAGAGGUAAAGAUAAAGAUAAGGUUAUACACACAGAUCGUGGGAUGGGAGAGGGAGAAAGAGAGGGAAGCCCAGUAGAGCUUGAUGUGUCUUUUAAGUCUAAUUCAUUGGUAGCCAAGGCAAUUUUGACGCCUUCUUCAACUACAGUGGGUGCUUCUGAAACGAUUUUGACACCUAGGAAUAGUAAAGUUAGGAAAGUGCUGGUCCCUGCUAAGGAUAAGGACAGUAUUAAUUCAUCAAUGAAUAAACCCAGCAAGGUUGCAGUAGAAGUGGGCAAAGGUGCAAGUGUUGCAAGUAAAGCUUCCAGUUCUGACAAGGAUCUAAAGAAGUCCAGAGAGGGAGUUAUAGCUUCUGGUAUUACUAAUGUGCGAGAUAGUAGUUCAAUGCCUCUAAAGAAUAGAGUGGAGAUGUCUAUGAAGAGGACUGUGGCUGUUAGAAUUGGAACGCCUGGUAAAAUAUCUUCACUCGGUGGAAAGAAGAAAAAAGUUGUCAAGAGAGUAGUGAAGAAAGUUGUAAGCCAUAAUUCAACUUUAUCUAGUUCACAACCAACAAAAACUCGUGAUGAACCUGUGAAAGCAGAUAGCUUUGCCCAUACUCCAGCUGAACCCCGUGACACUGACAAGGCUGCAACUGUGGCUGAUGUUAAUUCACAGCCUUGUCCAAUUGAAGCUACAGUGAUACCUGAGAAUGACAGGGUGGAGAGAUUUGAAAAGUUUAUGGAAUCAGGGCAGGCUGGUGCCGGAGCAUAUUCUGGUAAUUUAUUUUCAUAUAAUAGCAGUGGAAAGAAGAGCUGCUCACGUUCUCCCUUGGGCUCUUCAAAUCACAACGAAACCAAAUUUGGUGAGAGUUUUGUAAAUGGUGAUUGUGCCGAAGCCUUGCAUGCUAUCCCAAAUAUUGACGACAGUUUAACAAAAUCUCUGGAUGAAAUUAUUAGCUCUGAUAUUGGUGGUGUUGAAGAUGUCAGCAAGCAGCCUUGUCAGAAUGGAGAUUCUUGCUUACUUGAGAACAAUGCAGUGAGGGGAUCUCUCAAGGUUAUGGAUUCUAUUGAGGGCAAUACUGAUUUUGGUUUAUUAAGUUUAGAAAAAACGAUAAUUCAUGAGGAUCCUAUGUAUUCAUGUAUCCCUGUGAUGGGUUUAGAUGUUGCUUCAAUCAACUCACAACAGAGAAUUACGGUUUCUGACAAGGGGACAUCUGAUGUUGGUUGCAAGGAGCCCUGUAGAAAUCAGGGUAGCCCAUUAGCUGAGAGUGGCAUCACUGAUUUCCUUCAGGGUGCUAGUUUCCCUGUAGGAAGCAAUGAAAUUUUCACUGUAUCCAUUUCAGAGGAAACAGGAAGUCAGAAUGCUGUCAUACGCCUCAAUCAGGGAGUAGGGACCAUUUUGGGUUCACCAAACUGCUUUACUAAUGUAGAAGAAAUUGAUAUCUCCGGCCAUGGAACUGGUGAUGGUAUGGGUGAGGAGCUAUCUCAAUAUGGGGCUGCUAAAACAUUGGAGAGUGAACCCAUCAGAGGUUCUCUAGACACCAAGGUUUCUACAAGUGGCGGCGAGGAGGAGGCAAAUGACAUUAAGGAGAACGAUAAAAAAAUUGAAAUGCCUCAGUCAGAUUUAUCAAGGACAGAUGUACCUGACAUGCAUUUGGAGCCUGCAAAUAUGGUCACCAGUACCACUGCACAUUGGGUGGACAAAACUUUGAGAUUAUGUUUUGAAGAUGAUGGUACAGCUCAGUGUACGUUUUCUGGUGCUCAAUUUGUGGAUGCUGGCUCACAAUCUUGUAGUAAUGUUGUCAGUGUUCUUCAUGAGGGCAGUUUAACAGAUGUUUCAGCGGCUAAGGUUUCUGUCAGGAGUAGUGCUGAUGUUGGUCAAAGAGGGGCAUCACAAAGGAAUGAAAAGAAUAGAAAGUCCUCUGCUCCUCAACUGGAAUUGUGUUCUCCAGUAGAAUCUGAUGCUGAUGAGGGACCUGUAUUUGCAGGUAACUCUACAUCAGGUAUGGAAGUGCCAUCCAAUUCUGGUGAUAGUCUAACACUGCCAAAAGGGGAAGUUGUAGUGUCUGAUAUGGAUUCUCUGUGUACUUCUGAUUUGCUAUUGGCGCAGAAGGGGAUCACUGCGCUGCUUGAAAAUGGUUCAGCAGGGGAGCAUUUAAGCUCUGUGGCUUCUAUCAAAGAUGCAUUUGAAGUUGAUGGUCUAAAAGAUGUUCAAUCUCAUUUGUCUGUUGAGGAACUGGCAGUUAAAAAAGUGACAUCACAUAGUCUAUUUGUAUCGGUUGGCGAGGACAUCAUAAACACCACUCCAGUUAUGGUUGGAGGUAGGAAUCAAAAUGAUUACAUGGAUAUUGAUGCUGUUGAGGGAGCCAAAGUGGACAUUGAUGCUGCAGAAGAACAAGUCGGUACUGAGAGUGUGACUGAUCAUUGCCAAAUCCCUUCAAAACUUCAGACCCAGUACUUGGAUGAAAAUAUUCCUAGUAUAGAUGUGGAUGAUGGCGGGUUUCAUGGUGCAAAGAAUGAUUCGCCUUGUAUGUCAAACAAUCCAUCUUCAUUUGGAGAUGGCUUUGGAGUUUCUUUUACCAAUUCCGGUGAUGAACUUGUGGAGAUUGUACCUGAGACACUGUCUGAUAGGGGUUCUCCAGAAACUUUGCCUGAUGUCAUGGGCACAUCCCUCAGCAAAAAUUCAGUUGAAAAGAUUCAUGAGAAUGAUGAUAAAAUUCCAGCUGAGAGGCCUGUAAUCAAUGUUGGUUCUGACUCAUCUAUGAGUAUUUCAAGUUCACAAAAUGCUAAAGUUGUUUUAAAUUUGGAUCAUGCAGUGGAACGUGAUCAGUUGUUGACUGGGAAGACAGGGCAUUUGCCUUCACAGGAUUCCAAAAUUACAACUCAGAUGCCAAAUGCCAAGAGUGGGGAUUUAUAUGGAAAGAAGAACCAUAGUAGUCAUCCUAUUUCUAAGAUUUAUUCAGGUCGCUCAUCUUUUGUUUUUUCUGCUUCAAAGAGUUCAGCUUCUUCAUCUCGCAUCUCAAAAACUCGAACAUGGCAUCGAAAUGAUAAUUGCUCUGAUUCUGCUCCGCCAUCAAACAAGGCUUUCUCGAGCACUGUUCCUGCGCAAAGGCUAUUUCCUAGAAAAGGCGAUAAGUCCCAGCGCACCUCUUACAUUCGCAAGGGUAACAGUCUUGUCAGAAAACCUACUUCAGUUGCUCAAUCCCCAGGCCCCCAUGCUUUGAGUUCUUCUGUAUAUCAGCUCAACUCUUCUGGUACUGAUGAGCCAAAGAAGAGUGCUGGCUCUGACAGUAGAAUUGAUCUUGCUGAUCCUCUCAAUGUUUUGAGAACAGGAGGCAUGGAUGCUUCUUUUGAGAAACCGAGAACACCUUCACUAUCUAGUGUCUCUAAAAUAUCAAAUCGAGCAAGCAACUCUUUGGGGGGUCGUGCAUCUUCACCAUUAGCUGAGCAUCUUCACUCUCUUUGUACUGAAACCGUAACGGUCCCAGCAAAAUUGUUGGAAAGCAAUGACGUUCCAAAGUCUUCUGAUGACGUGUUGAAAAUUUCAGGAUCUCCAAUUACUCAAAAUAGCCAAAUUAGUAAUUUGGAAUGUCACAGUGAUACAAAUGAUGGGAAUACCGUGGCUUUAGCAAAUGGUAAGAGCCUAACAUAUGUUAAGCGAAAAUCAAAUCAGUUGGUUGCAUCUUCAAAUCCUUGCGCGUCUUCUGUUCAAAAUGCUCAUAACACAUCAUCUGAUAGCUAUUACAAGAGGAGGAAAAAUCAGCUAAUUAGGACUUCACUGGAAAGUCAGAUCAAGCAGACAGCCAGCAUCCCUGAUGAAAGUUUAAAUUCAGAGGGACAAACUGCUCUUAACUCUUUCAGCAGAAAUUUUAGUAAGAGACGACAGCGUAAAGUUGUGACAAAGACUUGUAAACCUUCUAAGUUGUCUUUAGUCUGGACACUGCAUGGUGCACAGUUAUCAAAGAAUGAUGGUGAUUCGUCGCAUUGUGGGAAGGUCUUGCCUCAUUUGUUUCCCUGGAAAAGAGCAACCUAUAGGAGAAGUUCCUUGCCAAAUUCGUCUUCCAUUUCUGAUCAUAGUUCCUUGUCUACAAUUGGGAAAUUGCUACUUUUGAGAAAGAGGAAUACAGAGUACACGAGGUCAAAACAUGGAUUUUCACUUCGAAAAUCCAAGGUAUUAAGUGUUGGUGGGUCUAGUUUAAAAUGGUCAAAAUCCAUUGAAAAGCACUCAAAGAAAGCCAAUGAGGAAGCUACCCUGGCUGUUGCUGCAGCAGAGAGAAAGAAAAGGGAACAGAGAGGUGCUGCACACGUUGCUUGUCCAACAAAGAGUAGAAACAUUUCUCGAGAACGCAUUUUCCGUGUUGGUUCAGUACGCUACAAAAUGGAUUCUUCAAGGCGGACUCUUCAGAGGAUAUCAGAUGAUGAGUCAUCGUGCGCCGGAGCCCUUCAAAAAGAAAAGGAUGCCAAGAAGCUGUAUAUUCCAAGGAGAUUAAUGAUUGGGAAAGAUGAAUAUGUUCGAAUUGGCAAUGGUAACCAGCUCAUAAGAGAUCCCAAGAAGCGAACUCGCAUUUUGGCCAGUGAAAAAGUACGAUGGAGUUUGCACACUGCAAGAUCACGGUUGGCCAGAAAGCGAAAGUACUGUCAAUUUUUCACAAGAUUUGGAAAAUGCAACAAAGAUGAUGGGAAAUGUCCUUUCAUUCAUGAUUCCUCCAAAAUUGCUGUCUGCACAAAGUUUUUGAAUGGUUUAUGUUUCAAUCCUGACUGCAAAUUGACUCAUAAGGUCAUUCCUGAAAGGAUGCCUGAUUGUUCUUACUUUUUGCAAGGCCUUUGUACCAAUAAAAACUGCCCUUAUAGACACGUGCAUGUCAACCCAAAUGCUUCUACCUGCGAGGGAUUUCUCAGGGGCUAUUGUGCUGAUGGGAAUGAGUGUCCGAAGAAGCACAGCUAUGUCUGCCCCUCCUUUGAAGCAAUAGGAUCCUGUCCUCAAGGAUCCAAAUGCAAGCUACACCACCCCAAAAACAGAACGAAGGAAAAGAAAAGCAAGCGAUCACGAGAGAACAAUGCACAAGGGCGAUAUUUUGGCUUGAUGCACAUCAAUGCCACUAAGACGAGAAAUGCAGUGCCUGGAAAGCUCUAUGUGCAAGAUAAUGAUACCAUUUGUUUUAAAGGAAUUGCUGAUUAUAUCAGCCUUGAUGUUAGUGAUGAAGAAGUGGUAGAAAAUAACAAUCCAGGUGAUCUGCAUACAGCAUUCGGUGAUAGUGACCCCUUGAACUUGCAAUUAGGUGAUCUUGAUAAGUUAAUUAAACCAGUCCGUAUAAUGAACAUCUAACGCCAAGAUCUCUGGUAGCUCAAUUUUUAAGCACCAAGCUUGUGCCACAGGAAGUCUGUUUGUUGUACAGGAGGCAAAUCAGGUUUUAUCACUCUGGUUUUCUGUCAUUGCAAAUGCCUUUCGGUCAAUAGAAUAGCGUGGGAAAAGAUGGAAUGAUUUUGAUGAGCUUGCAACCUUCUUUGGUUGUGCAUAGGGUAUAUGUUAGUUCUUCAUUAGGAAAUAGGAAUAGGAACAGGAAUAGGAUUAGGAACAGGAAUACAGAUGCCUUGUGUUUUCUUUUCUUUUCUUUCAUUUAUAGUCUUUUUAUAGGAAUACAUUUUGUGGCUUCCUUUGUGUACAUGAUACGUUGUAAUAAUUCAUAAAUGAAAUGAUGCUGCUAAGUUUUCGUCC